AUGUCUCGCGGCAGCCGAGAGGCGACAUCGGGGAUUCUGAAGGGUUCUAUGCGAGAUAACUAUUCCGAACACGGUGUAGAGCAGUACUACAAAAAGGUGGGCGCAACAUAUCGCAACCCACAUUUCCCUGGCGUGCGCAGUUGUAUAUUCUCAUGGCUGAAUAGGUGGUGGGCAACAGAGUCGAACGACCCUAGAUCGCACCCAGAAAAGCUUGUAGUCUUUGAUAUGGCAUGCGGUGAUGGUGAAGUUACCCUGUCGGUAUUAGAAUGGUGGCAAUUGAGCCAAACAACCGCCAUUGAAACGAAGCACACCUUAAUAGACGAUAUGGGCGAAGGAAAGGAGCGAGUGUCCGCACUUCGAAAAUUGCGAGCAAGGGAGCUUCGACCAGUCACUGUCAGUUCACAGCUUCCUAGGCCAACCGUCCUCGCAGCAGAUCCAUUUACAGCGGAAGCGUAUCACGCUCGCGCUUCCCUCCAUUGCUCUCCGCUCUCCUUCCGACAGAUCGCUGAAGGAGCGUUGCCCGUCGUCUGCUCCUCGAAUACCUCCAGUGACGAGCAAAGCAAUGGGAAUGAGGACGUGCAUUACGCUGCGGAAGGAGACGACACGCUAUACAUAGAUAUGGUGAUCUGCUCCUUUGCCCUGCAUCUGAUUGAAACACCGUCCGAACUUUUUGCACUAUUAUGGGAGUUGAGCACCAAAUGCCGAUGGUUGGUCGUCAUCGCCCCUCACAAGAAGCCUGACAUCAAGGAUGGCUGGGGAUGGUGUAAAUGGAACGUCGAGACAUGGACACAGUGCCCCAUGAACGAGUCACAAGGCGAAUUUCUGCAAGAAAGAGUUCAUUGUCGCAUAUACCGGAGCUUGAAUGCAUAUUAA